AUGGAUUCGAGUUUAAUUGCACGAUUUUAGAACAGCGCAGUUGUUUAUUAUGCAUAGAGAGGAUGGUACUGGACUAAUAGGAUUGGAAAGUUGAAUAUAUUGACUGUUGCAGCAAUUUGGUAUGUAUGCGCAGAAAGUUAAAUCGCAGGCAAAUAGAGAAUGACCUUAUACAGACACAAUUGGAUCUAGAAUCCUAAGCCUUCACGUGUGAUCUUUGAGGAGAGGUUCUGAGAUAUUUCUAUAUCUGUAUUGGAAAUAAAAUAUAAUUAUUUUAAUU